AUGACAGAUGAUGAUUUUGAAACAGAGUAAAACUUACUAGGAUCGAUUUUAUCAAGUAAAUUACACUAUUAAAUAUUAGUAACUGAUGAAUAUGAGUAUUAAGAUUAGAAGAAGUUAAAUGCAAGUGAUGAAUGCAAUUAGACUCAAACUUAAAUAAAACUCUAAAGAUAAUAUAAGUUUUAAACAACAGAUACCUUUAACAAAUCCUUUGAACAAAUAAGUUUAGGUUCAGAUCAGAUUUGCAGUCCUAUUUAACCUGAAGGAAAACUGAAAUAUAAAAAUUCUGGGGUUUGCACUUCAUUUAGCUCUGAUAAUCAAACAAGUUUAGAGAAUUCAAUGAUUUUUGGAAAUGUCCGUUGUUUUGAUUACUUUUAAAAAUAAUCUGAUUAAUUUUCACCAAUAUAUUACAGUUAAAAUAAUCCAAUUUGGCCUUAAUAUCAAAAAUCAAAUCAAAUUUUAGAUAUAUAAUUAGAUAUUGAUAUUGUAAAUAUUAUUAUAUUAUAAUUUUAAUAGGAGAAUAUGUGUGGAAACUAAGUGCUUUCAAGAAAAGUAUAAAAAAUAUUUGAGACUGGAUAAUCCAAUUAAAGACAAUAAAUAUUCUGCAAAGUUUUAGUUAAUUGUUAAGAAUUCUCAAAAGAUAUCUUCGGAAAUUACUUAAUUCAAAAGAUUCUUGAAAAAGGUAUAAAGAAUAUAAAUAUUAUUUAGGAACAACAUAAUAAUAAAUGUAGAUCUUUAAAUAAUUAUUGCCUUAUGUAAUUGAAUUAUCUAAAAAUAAUUUUGGUUGUAGAGUUAUCUAAAAACUUAUUGAUAUCAUCUCAAAAAAUGAUUAACUUAUAGUGUCAUUCAUUUAAGAAAUUAAACAAAAUAGUAAAUGUCUUUUAAUUGAUUAAAAUGGCAAGUAUGUAAUUCUAAAAUGUUUGGAAACCUUAUCAAUAGAUAUAUUUAGAUUUAUAUUAAAACCAACUGAAGAAUUAGGUAUCCAUAUGUGUGAUUCUUAAUAUGGGUGUAAAAUAAUCCAAAAACUAAUUGAUAAUUAUCCUACUUAAGUGGAUACUCUAAUAGAAAAUUGUAUAUCCAAUUAGCAUCUCCUUUACAAAUCUUAAUAUGGAAAUUACAUCAUAUAAUAUGCUAUAAAAUAAUCAAGAUAUUUAGAUAUUAUAGCCAAUUACAUAUUAAAUAAUUUAGAAAAUUUGUGUUUUAAUAAAUAUGCGAGUAACACUGUUGAAACCAUUCUAGAAUAUUUAACCCCAAAACUUAAAAAUAAUUUUGUAUAAAUUUUAAUGAAAUUAUCUGAUAAAAAUGGAAUGUAUAAUAUGAUUAUAAAACUUAGGUUUAUUUUUUUGAAUAUAUCUACGAAUCCCUUUGGGAAUUAUGUUAUUAAAAAGUUACUGUAAAUUUUUGAUCAAGAACAUAAGUAAUAACUGUUAAAUCUGACGAAAUAGAAUUAACAUUUGCUUUAUUACAUUAAGCAAUCAGAAUAUGGAUAAAGAAUUUAUAUUUUAUUGACAACAUAGUUAAAUGAUUAAAAUUGA